AUGGCAGCGUGCAAUCUCCUCCAAAUCCUUCACCUGGCGCCCGAAGUCACGACCUCAGGGACCCAAGCCCUUCCAGCGGAGAUGCUUGCCGAAGGAUCUACACAAGCAGACAUAGGCUAUCUUCUACUAGUCCAGGCCAACUUCUUUGAAUGCGGUGGGUUGGCAAUUGGUGUCAGCAGUUCACAUAUCAUCACCGAUGCCUACACACUCAGCACAUUCAUUAAAAGCUGGGCUGAUACUGCCCUAAUGGGCUCCACUACUACUACUGAUCAUCAUGCCCUGCUUCCUAAGAAAUUUGGUGCUGCAGCUACUCUUUUCCCACAACUGGAUUUCUUGAACUCACCUCAACCUGCGUUGGAGUUUGCUGAAGAAAAGUGCAUAACAAAGAGAUUUGUGUUUCAUGCCUCAAAGAUUGCUGCUCUGAAGUCCAGAGCUGCCAGUGCCACCGUGCCAAAUCCAACGCGCAUUGAAGCAGUGUCAGCGCUCAUUUGGAAGUGUGCCAUGGAAACAUCUCAAUUAUCAAACUCGGGUGUUGUAAGGGCAUCCGAGUGGUCUUCCGUGGUGAACAUACGGAAAAUAUUGGUGCAGCAGCCAUUGGCAUAUGACUUAAUGGGAAAUCUUGUGGGGCUCUUUUCAGUGAGAACCGAGGCAAGUGAAGUAGUAGACAUUGAUGUUCAAAGCUUGGUUGCCAAAUUGAGGAAAGGGGUUGAGGAAUUUAAAAUAAAAUAUGGAAAUGGAGUUAGUGGGGAGGAAGCAUGUCAAUUCUUCAGAGAGUUUGGGAACCUCAUGACAAGGGAUGUAGACAACUAUAACUGCAGCAGUUGGUGCAGGUUUCCUUUCUAUGAAACCAACUUCGGAUGGGGAAAGCCAUUGUGGGUGUGCCAGAGUACAGGAAUGAAGAAUCUAAUUGUAUUGAUGGAUAAAAGAGAUGGGGUUGGGAUCGAAGUGUCCUUGACUUUCAAGGAAGAAACCAUGGCCAUAUUUGAAACCAAUAAGGAGCUGCUUGAGUAUGCUUCUGUGAAUCCGACUGUCAUUUAA